GUGUAUUCUAUAAUGUUGUCGCCAUAUGUCUAUACCAUUUCCAAUGCCAUACAUAGAAGUAAAUCAAGCCGGACUGUUUUUAAGCGCCAGCUACACACUUAGCAUAUCUCUGGAAAUACAUCAUUUUUCUUGUAAUGGUAUCUGUGCGUGAUAGCCAUGAUCCACACCCAAGACAGCUUGGCUACAUAGGUCAUGUAAUUCCAUGACACAAGUGUGCGGCUCAGCAAACAGGGGUAAUAAGAUCCUAACCAGCAUCUGAGUGAAAUCUUGAUCAAAAAUGGGAGUCUCCCUCUCGCAAUUCCAUUGCUUACAAAACUGUCUUUUUUCCAACUUAACUCAUGUAAUCAACCUCAUUCUGGCCCUAUCAGUGCUGCUCUAGCAAUGGCGACACCAACUUUACCAGCCGACUGGACUCCUACGAAAGACGGAUGCCUUCGAACAAGUGACUUCUGGAUAUGGGAUUAUGAGGUGGCCGGUGAUGCGCGAACUGUCCUAGGAGGCCCAUCGCAGAUUUCUGAUUGUCUUCCGACUUCGUGGGCUGGGACCCAAGUAUACGAAGGGUCGGCAUGUCCCCCAUCAUACACAUCUGCCUGUCAAGGCUCAGGCUCAAAUGCACCCGUGACAUGUUGUCCAACUCAAUUCGCCUACACGUGUUUAGCCGUGUCUCUGCUGGGUGGGCCACACGCUCAAGAUUUCCGAUGUCAAUCAAGGCACGCCUCUGCCGGCAAUAUAGUCGUGACACGAACCGCGAUGACGGCUAAUACGCUCGCUGUCGAGUCGAGGGUCAAAGCUACAAACGAGCAUUUAUUCGCAUUGGCAUUGAUGUAUACGACGCCGACUACGACUACUGGUAUCUCGACAACUAGCGCCACGAGUGGAGGGAACCCGACAACAACUGGCGGCUCUGAUUCUGGUUCGAGCUCGGACUCGGACUCAAGUUCAUCUUCGUUCGGUCCCGCCCAAGCCGCAGGUGUCGGCAUCGGUGCGGCGGCCGGGGUUAUUCUAAUAGCAGUCUUCGCAUGGUUCAUCAUGCGCCGAAGGAAGGCAGCUCAAAAGUUACAACAACAACAGAACAUGCACCAGAUGCCGUACUCGCGGGGGGGUGAGCUUCCCACAUACUACGAGCCGCCCUCCGAGCUAAGUGCCGUGCCGCCCACGAUGUACGAAUUACCUUCGAAAUAAUCACGGGAUGGAUUGGUGGACAGCCUUGGACACGUAAAGGGAAAAGAAAAAAAAGGAAAUUCACGAGCAGCCAUUGAUUGUUGCUCACAGGUUAGGAGCAAGACAGCUACCAGGAUAACCGACGUGAGAGAAUCAGCUAAAUAAGGACUGGAAUCGUGUCUAAAGGGGGGGCUAACACGGAUGAUACCAAAGUUGUUUUCUGGGUGAUUGUAUAAUACUACUAACCCACAUGAGGGAUUAAUCGUUGUAACUUUGCUUGUCAGCUAGCGACCGACAAUCGGGGUUUUUAGACUUCUAGUAUAUAUAUAACAGAUUAAUAGAUGAUCCCACGGUUUGGGUGGAAUUAUCAGGAACUAUGUCUGGGUGCGGGCAGGCCAGUCUUGCUCAGGGACAAGACAAUACGAUUGAUGUUUCUAUCACUGUAUUGAUCCAUUUGAAG